AUGUCCACUAGUGACCAUGCUACUAGUCAGAUAGGCCCAUUCCCUCGACAGCCUAUCGCGCUUGGCCCAGCUGCUGUGGCACCUCGCUCGCAUGCACCACCCUCGCCGAAACGUGCUUUGGGCAAUGGGCUUUUUGAUUCCGCGGUAACGCCCAGCUCAUCCCCAUCCGCUCCUCCCCAUGUCCACCACAAUUCGCCUUUUAUGGUAAAAAUUGAGGUCGCGCUUGGCACUCCAUACUCUGCCCUCGCGGCUCGCGUGGCCUGCCGCCUUAGCUUUAGCUCGGACAAUAUACAGCGAAGGAAUAUAUAG